AUGAGACGGGAACUAUGGGCUCCAUUCAAAGUUCAGUUUGUAUUCGUCGUCGGACUACCGGGAACCAAUAUGUCCGAAUGGUUACAGUUUGACGGUGUGCGAGUACGCAAUCCGACAAAGCGGUUUGAUGACUCAAAUGCGGUUCUCAAAGCGCUUCUAAAUGAGUCGGACCACAACGGGGACAUGCUCAUAGGGGACUUUAUUGACUCGUACUACAAUUUGACCCUCAAACAGGUGACCACAUUUCGCUGGGUUUCCGCAUUUUGCAAACACACCUCAGCAUUAUAUUUCUUUAUUGAUAAUGACUACUCAAUUAUACCAAGUAAUACGAUCAAAAUGGUGCUAUCUAUUCCACCAAACCUGAGACUACGUUUGAACGGAGGCACAUUCGGACCGAUGCGUACGGUUCUAAGGCCGGAAAAUCCUAAUCAAGCCGGUCGAUGGACAAUAUCCACAAGUGAGAUUCCAUGGAUUACGUAUCCUCAAUAUUCUUCCGGAGCAGCCUACGUGGUUGGUGCCUCUUUGGUAACAGAUGCUGCAAUCGCCAUGGCCUAUACUCGGUUCUUACGCUUUGACGACGUGUAUUUGGGCUUUGUAUGGAACAAACUACACAUCCCAGUUAUGAUAAUACAGGGAAUGCGACACACGGCAAUCAACUCGCCGGAAGCAACAAGUGUGAUCAGUAUCCCUGCUCAAGAAGCGGAUCAGCUGAUCGACUGGACAACCGGAUUCCGUGCCGCAUUCCGUGCAGACUCCAAAUCGGUUGUCUAUUGUCACGGACCUGGUUCAAUGCGCAUUGUCAAAUUACGUGUGGCCAUUGAACCGGGCCGAGAGGAAGUGUACCGAUGGGAUCCAAGAAAGCCGCUUGUGUCUCUCACAUAUUCAAAUGUGGUCAAAGCGUUACACCAGUUGACCAAUCGAAUGUAUGACUCGUUCAUUUUACGCUGGAACGACGGUUACGAUUUGUGUCGAAUAAUCAACACACAAGAUUUACGUACUGCAGUUCAUUAUCUACAGCAAAAUCCGACCAAGGACGAUUGUCUUCCACUGUUUGCCGAGCCUCAAAGAAAACCGGCCACAUUGACAAACCAAGUUCCACUGACUCUAUUCCCCCCAGCACCGCAGAACAAUCUACUAUUUUCGAGUCCGUUCCAAUCGAAUUCAAACACUCCCGAGCAAAACGGGGUGAGAAAGGAGACAAAGCAAAAGCCAGCCACAGCUUUUGGUCCGUUACGCCGGAGUCGGAGGAUACGUUUCAAGCAUCAGUGA